UAUUGUUGUUCUUCCUUGUCGAUAGAACACGGUGGUAGCAUUAAGUGAUAGGAAAAUGGCAAGUGAAUCCCCUGCAUGUGGCAUCUGCCAUUCCAUACAUAUUUCUAAACCAUCUACAGCAUGGUGUUUUGAAUGUAAUAAAGGACUCUGUGAGGAAUGUAAAGAACAUCAUAUCCUGAAAAAAGCAUCGAAAAGUCAUGGUUUUAUACCUGUAAACGAAUUUCAAAAGUUACCUGUAAGUGUCCUUCAAAUUGAAGAAUCCUGCAAAUCACAUAGUGAACGAUACCAAGCUUACUGUCAUAAACACGAGUGUUCUUGUUGUUCAAAGUGUCUCAUAGGUGACCAUAAGAACUGCAAAGAUCUCACAGAUAUAAACGAUGUUGUCUGCAGAAUAAAGUCGUCCAACAUGAUGUUAGAAAUCGAAAAGUCAAUGCGGGAACUUACUGAUAAUUUACAAAGAAUUAAACAAAAACGUGCAGGAAAUCUAUCAUCUCUAAAAUUACACAGACAGACGAUUGAAAAGGAAAUUCAGAUAGCUAGGCAUACAGUUAAUGAACAUUUCGAUCGUCUUGAAAGAAAAUUAUUGAAAGAACUCCAAAUUAUUGAACAUGAUGAAAGAAAGAAAAUUAGCAAAAUUUUGGCAUCUGUAGAGCGGAAAGAAAAGGAGAUAGAUGAAUUUCAAAUAAGCCUUGCAAUAAUAAAGCAGCAUGCAUCCGACCUACAAACGUUCCUUAUCAGCAAACAGAUUGAACAUGAACUGACGGAUACAGAAAGCCUCAUACAGUCCAUACAAAAUAGCAAUGAACUAUCAGAUGUCAUCAUCUCUUUUCAAACCAAUGAUCUGAUGAAAAGUCUCGAAAAUAUUAGUAAAUUUGGGAAAAUUGUUGUUCAGACCAGUCAAAGUGAUAUCUCAUUAGUGAGACAGAAAAUCAAACAGGCACAGGCCAAAGUUGAUAUUGUCACCGAGUGCAACCCUGAUCAUCAGUAUGAAACGAUAAAAAAUGAGGAAGAUUCUUGUUUCAUUGUAACUGUGAAACCAGCGCAUGAUGCCUUGAAAUUUGGAUUAAAUGGGCAAUACAGGCUGUGCAUUACGCCAAGUGGUUUUAUAUUAGAAGACAUUGAGAAAAAGACAACAAAAUGCUGUUGGGCAUUUAAAAUAGUACGAAAAUUUGGAAAAAGAGGAAUUAAAAAUGAAUUUGAAAUCACUGUAGGGAGAAGGAAUGUUUUAGGUGAAGGUACUGUCGUUUUGUUGUGUAGUUCAAAGGAUGAACCAGAUCAAAUUUCCCGCAUUGCACAAACCAUUAUGGAAGGGAUGAAAUCAAAGGUAAAACAUUGAAUUUCGAGGGUAAGGAUUAAAAUCUAAAACAAAAUAAUGUCUUUCAGGAUGUUUGCUACUCUUGUUUUUGACUCUUUGUCAAACAUUCGGAAUCUUCUGGUGUUAACUAUGUAGUGCCAAUAAAUUUUUUGCACGCUAACCCUACUUUUCUAUUCAUUUUUUUGUUACAUAUCAUUUUAAAAGCCUUUUUUGAAAAUCUUAUAAAAUACUUCUUAUUUUUUGAUAGUUUUUGAAGGAAAAUAGGUUCCAAUGUUAGAUGCAUGAAAACUCUAGAGAGAAUCAUUUCCUGCAAAAUUUUCAAUUAAUUAUAUCUCAGAAACAAGGACAUGGACCUAUAAUUUUUUUCUGCUUUUAUAGUUCAGCUAUUUAUACUGACGGACUUUAAAAACGCAACACACAUUUUGUUGAUUUUUUUAACCAGAUCAUGAUUGAUCCUCAAAUAACUCCAAUCAUGCUUACCAUACUUCUUUCUGUUCAGAAAAAUUCAGUAUCUGCCUUAUCUGAGGUUAUUGAACAUACCGGAUUAGCAAAGUAGCACGAGUUUAUUAAUGCGAAAUUUGAAACUCAUAAAUGAUUUUUGUAAGGCUUUUUUUCUUCGUAAAACAUUUUUUUCAAUCCAUACACACACUUGAGUCAGUUUAAAAAUGUUGCAUCUCGAUAUUGUCGAGACUGAGCAACGAAAAUCUGAAUCAGCCCUUAAUAAUAUUGCAGACAGAAAAACGUGAACGUGCUGUCACCAGAAAAUUUGACGUCAGAAACUCGUCUUACCGUUCUUCCAACAACGAUAUAGGUAGACGGGAUUUGUUGAUGAGGAUCAAUGACCAGACCAAUAUGCAGUGACCACACUACGUCAAUAGAAUUUGAUUACGCAACGUCAUUUGCAAGACAUGUUUACGGUCGCAACGUCAACUGUUAAUCAAAUCGCCAAUUGCCAUGGCAGACAGAUUCAUCCCAAAAAUGUUUCCUAUAAACUGAAAUGCCAAAAAAUCGACUACAGAAAAUCAUUUAAAGCUAUACAGUUUAAACCGCAUGAUUGCCAAAACACUGUAAUGGGGUUUUAGACAAUGAAUUAAUGGAUGAAAUUUAUGUUUAUACAUUUGUUUAACAAAAAUUGCAUAUUUGAAAAUGGGAAAUAAAAAGAAUAAUCUGGUGUUGCGUUUCUAAUGUCGGUCAGUAUAUAUAUUAUCAAUGCAUAAGUUCUUUUAAAAGCCUUGCUAUUAUGAAACACAGGAGCGAACAUUCUCCAAGACAGAUGAAGCUUCGAAAAAUUAAAUAAAUCCUUUGACAAGCCAAAACAUUAUCACUAAGGUAUAUCUCAUUAAUUAACCCGUUUUGCAAGAAAAAUUAUGAAUGCUAUGGCUUCCUUUGGCAUUUCACUAGGUUAUUUUUACUUUUGAAAAUAUAUUUUUGUUUUUGAGCAGCUAAAAUCAAUUGAUAAAAAUGUCUUCUAAACAUGGUUCAAUUAUAUAGAGUUUGGCAAUCUGUGAGUAAUUAUCCAAAAAAUUAAAAAGAUGGACAUCAUGACCAAAAACAUAAUUAUGUAGGAAUUUAUUAUUUACUGCUGUUCCGAUGAUUUGGUUAAAUUGACUUUUCAAUAGACAAGUAGGUUUAACCAACUUUCUUACUUUAACAACAAAUACAACAAAAAUUGCCCCUUUAUCUUUCAAAAUAUGGCUCAGUAUAUGAAAUUUUGAAAUCUUAGUCAUAAUUAUUAUAUUUGAUAUUUUGGCAAUCUUGUUUUAAAAAAAUGCCUCAGGUUUCUUUACGCAUUCAGAAUUAUUGCUUUUGCCAAAAAAAACUAUUCUUACGGUUUGCAUUGUACUUUUUAAUUUCCACAAGUUGUUUUGUUUUUUUUUAUGACUGAAAAUAUGUUAUAUAGCUUCAUAAAUUGACCAGUUAGUUUCACCAACGUUCUGAUUCUGACAAUGUUUUGAAAACAAAACAAAAACUACAAACUUAAUAAUAAUUUUGAAAUUCAAACAUUUAGCAGAUGUGAAUAAAGCGUCUCUUUAUUUCAAUUUCUUUUAUGCCUAAGUUUAAAAGUCAAAAUUUCAAAAUGUGAAAAAUCUGUUCGAUAGUUUGAGAUUUCGAUACAUUAUCAUGUUUUUUUUAAAUCUUUUUAUUACUAUGUUUACAAGACUGGCACUGUUCACAUUUGAUACGUCAAUGACCUUUCAGAAUAUCUCUCUUUUGUAAACAGGCUUACAACUUUGAUAGUGCAUUUUUGAAUAUUUCAAAGCAGGUAUGUUAAAUAUACCAGAGAGGACAAUUAUAUUUAAUAUCACAAGAUACGGAUAUAACUGGAACUCACUUCAUGUAAAUUUGUAAGCAGGAAAUCUAGAUACUCUGUCAGUCUGCCUUAGUUGAAUAUGUAAAGGAAUCUGGAUUAAGAUAAUAAAGCAUGGAAACAUAAAUAUAUGUUUUGAAGCUGGACUAAGAUCGAUGUUCCUGAAAGACUGUAUUAAUGUGAAUAGUAUAAACGUUUAAUCUUUUACUGAGUAUUAUACCAACUUUGGACUAACGAAAAUAUAUCAACUUAGACUUGCUGACAUUUACACUAUAAGAUGGAAUUAUUUUUUAUUGUUUAUAUUGUGUACUAUAUAUUUGCAUUUGCUCUAAUGUUUUUGUUCAUUCCUUAAACCUAUAAAUUCGAAUUUAAUUCGGAAAAAAACUUUCAAGUGGAAAUGCAACUUAAGGCAUUAGCUCAUCUGUAGAUUAAAAUCUAGUUCAAAACCUGAUUUGUAAUACAGUUCAAGUUGAAUUCUUUAAGUUGGGUAAAACGUUUACCUUCAGCAUGUUCAGUACGCAUGUUACGUCAAACACUGUCAUGUCAUAGUGUAAACAUCUAUAUCAUAUUUUAUAUUGCACCCGUUUUACCUUUUAAUCCAAUAAAAUAGAAUACUAGUCACGAUGCAUUUAUGUAUAAGAUUUCCUUCAUGUUGAUCAAGAUUGCCAAUGUUCAUGAAUUGUUUAUCGAUUGCGUAAAUGAUUGGAAAUGUUAACGGCGAAAUCUAGCUUCCAGAUAAAUAUAAGACCUUAAAUGAUAAGUUAUUUUCUAUAUAUGACCUUAAUUAUAAAAAUAAUUUGAGAACAAUGUUUGCAAUUACUAGUAAUUAGAUACCAACCUAUGGAACGCCACAGCUGUCUUAUGUGGAACUCUGAUAUUACUUUAUGUUGUUUUAUUAUUACUUGAUGAUAUUUUGUCUUUACUUAAUAUGGUUUUGACAUUACGUAAUGAUGUUUUGAUAUAACUCAAUAUGGGAUAGUCAUUACUUAAUGAUAUUUCGAUAUUACACGAUAUGGUUUCGUAUUGACUUGAUAUAGUUUUGUCAUUACUCAAUAUGGGUUUUUCAUUACUCGAUGUGGUUUCACCAUUAUUUAAUGUGGUUGUGUCAUUAAUCAAUGUGGUUUUACCAUUACUUGAUGUGAAUGUGACUUAACGUUAUGUAGUUGUUUCAUUACAUGAUGUGGUUUUGUUAUUUUGUAAUGAUGAUUUGCCUAUUCUUUAUAUGGUUUUAACAUUACGUAAUGAUGUUUCAAAAUUUGACGAUUUUAAACUAUAUGAUGUGUUUGUUUCAUUAUUUGAUAUGGUCCUGUCAUUCUUUGAUGUGGUUAUCCCAUUACUUGAUGAGGAAAUAUCACGUGACCAAUUCGGAAAAACCUGUUCUAUUUUUAGAUAGAUUUCCAUGUUGUAUGUGCCUUGGAUGAGUGUAGCCAUCCAUCGAAUUAGAGUUUGGGUUACUGUUUGAGUUAAACUUUGAGUUAGUCUUCGAUUUCGAAUUCAAGUCAUUAUUAGAAUUAAAGUUUUAGUUAGCAUUGAGUUUCGAGUUGAACUUCGAGUUUGAGUCACAUUUAAAGGUAGAGUUCUAGUUACAUUAAAUUUGAGUCACUUUUUGAGGUAGAGUUUGAGUAAGAUUCGAACUUCAUUUAGAUUAAUUAAGAUUAUGAGUUGAAAUUCGAGCUAUCUUAUAUGAGUUCGUAAUUAAAUUUUCUAUCGCGGAACAAGGACUUUUGCUCGGGCUUCCGAAAAGAGGGCUCUGGGGUAUGCGUACAAAAGAUAAACAAUGUUACAGUAUACAAAACGCAACAUAGAAGUUGAAAUAAAGCUAGAUGUGGUGUGAUUGACAAUGAGACAACUAUCCACCAGAGUUUAAAUGCAAUGGAUGUAAGAAAUCAUAUAUAGGCAACCGUACAGCCUUCAACACACCGUAUAGUCAGCUAUAAAAGCCCACCAUGCACCAUGUGAAAAAAUUCAAACGAAAAAACAAACGGUCUUAUUUAUAAAUAAACAAUCUACAAAAAAAAAAAUGACACACAUUUAUACAACGACAACAAUUGAACUUCAUGCUCCUGACUUUGGGAAGGUACAUAAAGAAAGUGCACGUGGCGGAGUUCAACAUGUAUGUGAGCGCUAAAUCCUAACCUUACAUCGGACUGUUACAGUUGUGUAACAGCACAACACGAGAAAAAAUGUAAACUAGACAAAGUGAUGCCCCCGCACUCAACUCAUUUAACCGCUUAUACCCCAAAAAUUACCAAAAAAGUUCAAUUAUCUCCCAAAAGAGCAAACGAUAAUAAAAAUAAAAACCCUGACCACAUGCACACCUUCAAUAUAUGUACAAACAGCCAGCAGAGUGAAAACUUCCUAGCAUUCAAACUGUAGGAGAAGUUAUCUAGAAACGCUCUUCUUAUGCAAGUAAAUUUCCCAAAAAAUUACAAAGUUCAACUAUCUCCCAAAAGAGCAAAUAUUAAUAACCAUUAAACCCUGACCACAUGCACACCUUCAAUAUAUGUACAAACAGACAGUAAAGAGAAAACUUCCUAGGAUUCAAACUGUAGGAGGAGUUAUGCGGAAUAACUAUAUACCCAUAAUGGGACGGACAGACGGACGGACGGACGGAUAGGGGUAAAACAAUAUGCCCCCCAACUUUCAGUUUUAUUUGGCUGAUUCAAUAGAUCGGUAUGACUGGGUAAUAUAAAUCCAUCGGGUUGAUCUCGGAUGCUCCAGAAAGGCACCCGUCGUGUUAUUCGAGAAAGUACAAACCCAGUGAUUUUGGUUUUAUUUGGUAGUUUACAUUCAAGGAAAAGAUGACGGUAUUAUAGUUACGACCACUGGAACAUGUUCGUCGUCACAUGUGAAACAAAUAUUCCAAAAAGUUUAUUUUUCAAUUAGUGCGAGGUAGAUCAGGGAAUUCAAUUGAUUACAAAUAAAAGAUUGAUACUCGUAUAAGUUCAAAUGAUCAUUUACGCUAAAAAAAAAAUCGGAGAAUUCUUAUUUUAUAGUAUUGAUGCUUUGUCGCUUAGUCCGAGCCCCCUCCCCCCGUUUCCCUGUAACUUCAGAGUGAGUUGAUUUGAAGUGUUUCAUUUGUUAACAAUAAAGUUCAAGUCUUUUGAUUUGUGUCGAGCCUGCAACAUCAAUGUAGCGGCAGUGAGACACAACAAACCUAUAUUUCGUCGUCGAUAGUGGCGUCGGCGUCUCCAUCUCCAUUUUUUAAUUUCUAUUGAGUUUAACCUUUCAUUAUAUAUGUUACUAAACAUGUAUGCCAUUAUAAUAUUGUACUUUUAGAAUAUCAUACUGCAUUUGUUUACCUCGACUAUUGUAUCUGUAUUUAUAUUGUAUGUUUCUCUGUAAACUUGUAUUUAGUUUUUAGAGAAUAAAGUAUCUAUGUAUCUA